GUUCACUGCACUGCCACCCCCUACUACUCGAAACAGCAAUUGGUACGAGACUUUAGGAAGUAUACAUUUGAAUUGUGCCCCUACGACACCGUCGCUUAUCCAUGGUGGAAUUAUGGACAACACCCUUAUUAGUCCCCUGUUUACCUUGGGCCAUUUCUCACUGUGAGAGCUCGGGCCCAUCUAAAUCCUGGAGCCUGGGAGGGACAAUAUCGUCGCCAUCCAUCAGGAAGGCCCCAUACAGUAGGGUGGAGGCUGAGCAGAUUGUCGAAGGACCGGUUCCUGACUCUGAUUCAACCCUCCUACACAUUAGACAACUGGCGCUAGGUGGGCCUAUCGUGCCUAUGGUUCACGAGGAUUUUUAUCACCGAACCACAGCCACCACCACGAAGACGUGCCAAAGCAUGGGACGCUGCUUGUACGUGCAUGGGUGUCCCGAUUGGCCAAAUAGAUGCCUCCAUCAUGAUAAAUGCGAAUCCGUAGCGUUCAAUUGAAAUGGGUUUCGCAAUGUUGGUGCGGUUCACAGUAGGGGGCGGUGUUUCCUUCGAGGAUGCCGGAAAAUUCGACGAAUAUGAGCACAGUACUCCUUCCUCCCUGCAAAAAUAUUGCCGUUACCGUACUUGCAUCAGCGGAACAAGCGGAAAAAACCAGGAGGGUCUGAGGUGGGUAGCUAAGGUUAGAAGUGAUCAGGAGAUGCUUGGAACAACAAUGGUUGCGCUAUAGAUUCAUCUUCAUAUUGGGAAACACCAUAUGUUGCGCAAAAAACAUCCAUGUAAGAACAACAUUGUAGGUCAGAUAGUGUUAACUGAUGUCGAUGAUGUCGAUGGUGUCGAUGGUGUCGAUGGUGUCGAUGGUGUCG